AUGGAACCGCUGCUAGGGUUCACUGGAGAUUCCCAGAACGCUGGGCACUCAAGAGCCGCAUUCCUCACGGGGAAGGAAGGAGACAGAGAGCACAUAAGGGGGUUGAGGGAUUUCUUCAGGGAGUUUAGGGCGGAGUCGAAGGUUCUCUGGUUCCUGGCUGGCCCCGCCAUGUUCACCGCCGUCUGCCAGUAUUCCCUUGGCGCCGUCACUCUGAUAUUCGCCGGCCAGCUCGGCACUAUCGAGCUCGCCGCUGUCUCCAUCGAGAACUCGGUCAUUGCUGGUCUCUGCUACGGCCUGAUGGUACUAACCCACGUUCUCCGUUUCCGGAAUGCUUUAUAGUCUGUGAAAUAGUUCAAGACAUCGUUUUUCCUGAUGCACGCGGGCCGCGGUUGGCAGCUGGGGAUGGGGAGCGCUCUGGAGACGCUGUGUGGGCAAGUCGUCGGCGCUGGUAAGCUGGACAUGCUGGGCGUCUACAUGCAGCGCUCGUGGCUUAUCCUACUGGUCACAGCCUUGUUGCUCACGCCGCUGUACGUGUUUGCUACGAACUGGCUGAGACUAAUCGGCCAGACCGCCGAUAUAUCGCGCGCAGCGGGGCAGUUUGCGCUGUGGAUGCUGCCGCAGCUAUUCGCCUACGCGUUCAACUUCCCCCUCGCCAAGUUCCUGCAGGCACAGAGCCGGCUGAUGUUCAGGGCAGCGGUAGCGGCGGGGACGCUGCUGGUGCACGUGUUCCUCAACUGGCUUCUUGUACUGCGGCUGGGUUGGGGCCUGCCGGGCGCUGCGUUCGUCCUCAACCUCUCGUGGUGGAUCAUCGUGACGUCGCAGAUGGCGUACAUCUUUUUGGGGGCCUGUGGAGAGGCUUGGUCGGGCUUCUCCUGGAAGGCUUUCCAUCAAGUGUGGGCCUUCGUUCGCCUCUCCGUAGCAUCCGCAAUCAUGCUCUGGUGAGUUGCUAAUUUCUUCUGGGUAAACUCUCCUAGUUGACAAUACUAUGCUUCCCAUAAUAUGUUUUAAAAUCAUUCUUAAACUUAAUAGAUCACUACCCAGCGUCUAAAAUAGACGGACUCUGUUUGCACUCCGAAGCCUUUUUCCAAGCCACUUUGUUUUCCCAAACCUACCUCCUUGACAUCUUUCUAUCUCUAUCUAUCUAUCUACGGAGUUAUCUAUCGAUCUAUCUAUCGAUCUAUGUAUAUCUCAGUAUAUCUAUAUAUCUAUGUAUCGAUCCAUCUAUCUCUCAGUCAAUCUAUCUAUCUAAACCCAUAGAUAUAUACAUAUAUGUUUAUUUCCCUCGAGUUUGAGUCUCUUCCCACCUGGAACACGACUCCUCCCUUAAAUGGGACUCUCUUAUACGACUUGUACCCAGUUCCCCAAAAAGCUCGAUGAGAUAAAAACAACCAACAAAGCAGCAAGUUAAGCAGGGAUCUGUUUCCAUAGGCUUUAGUGUCCCAUUUUUGUUCAAGCUUGCCAAGGUGUGGACGAAGUCUCAUUAUUCAUCAUUCCAUUCAUUUCUGAACUGAUUCAAUUAUUAAAUUCGUAAUGUAUUUAUCCCCAGCUUGGAGUUCUGGUAUUAUAUGGUGCUGAUUCUUUGUGCUGGUUAUCUCAAAAAUGCGAAAAUCUCCGUGGAUGCUAUAUCUAUAUGGUAGGCUUCUCAUCUCUUAUUAUCAUUUCUUUCAUUUAUUGAUCUUAUUUUUGGAGCAACACAAAUAUUUACUAUAAAAUUAUAUUUGCAGGUAAAAAUAUUACCUAAUUUUAUGUGAUAUUUGAUAGCAUAAGAUAUCAUAAAAUGAAACUAAAUUCAUUAAGAUAUCAAAAUUUUUAAAAGUGUUCAACUACAUCAGUUAAUAUUUAAAAGUAAUACAUACUUUAUGUCUUCAUAUAUAGCUUGUCAUACUUGUUGAAAAAUGUACUCAUCUUCUUUUUAGUAUGAACAUAAGCGGAUGGACAAUAAUGGUGGCCCUAGGAUCAAACAUUGCCAUAAGGUUAGCCAUCAAGCUUCACUUUUAUUUUUUAUUUUAUUUUUUUAAUUUUAUUUUAUGUCAUGUUUUGUCGUUUUAAACGGGAGUAAUAUAACGGCAUGAUGGCAGUGUGCGGGUGUCUAAUGAGCUAGGAGCUGGUCACCCGAAGAGGGCUAAGUUUGCUGUAGUUGUGGCCGUCGUCACCUCAUUCCUGAUAGGAUUGUUCCUUGCCGUCAUUCUGAUCAUCACUCGGAAGGAGUUCCCAUACGCCUUCACGAGCAGCUCAGAAGUCAGAGAGCUGGUCUAUCAACUCGCCCCAUUGCUCGCAAUCACCAUCACCGCCAAUAAUGUGCAGCCAGUCCUUUCGGGUUUCUUACUGUGCUUUCCUCGUUCUGAUUUUUCAUGAGUUUUAUUUGAAAUGUCUAGUGAUUCGACAUUAACUUGAUGACGUAUUCGGAUCUCGAUCUUUAGACAAUUUACUAACUCUUAAGAAUUCAUGUGAUCAGAGGGAUAUCAAUAACCAUUGUAAGCUCACUUUGACGACCCCGCCUGUCUUUUUUACCUGAUUUGACGCUGUAUUUUGUUUUCCCGGAAAGUGAUAAACGGCUGGGACUGAGAUAGUUACUAAUUACCACUGGGAAAUAUAUCCCAAAGAUAUCUAAGAAUAUCUUAAAUUGUUAGCAUGCGGGCCCAGUACUUCUUGUCAUUUUCACUUAAUGGAUAAGUUUUGAAGGCAUUGAAACUCUUUUGCCCAGCGUACUUAGCUCCAGUAUGCCAACAUCCACAUAUAGAUAGAUGUGACAAUGAAGUCUGCACUGUACGGUUGUGAUAUCAAAAACUUAAACAAUUUGCAAUAACAUUGUAUAUUUUCUCAGAGUAGCCCAUGAUUACUUGAUUUGAUUUUAAAAAGUAUUUCUCAUGCAAUAAAAUAGUUAUAGUUGUUCUCAUCUGAAUAGAUGUUCUAUGCGUUAUUAAUAGGUGUGGCCAUUGGAGCUGGGUGGCAAGCAUUCGUGGCCUAUAUCAAUGUUGGAAGCUAUUACUUGUUUGGUAUUCCCAUUGGUCUUCUCUUGGCCUUUAAGUUUGAUCUUGGUGUAAAGGUAAUAACCUAUUCCUGCAUUUAAACUGAGUCAUAGAGCAAUGUAAAGGCUGAUCACAGAAAUGUUAUGCGGUAUUUAUCAUUAAAAGUAGUUCAAUUUGAAAAAUGUUAUAUUAAAUGUUCAUGUCAUGACUCUUCAACCUCUAGUGUAUUCUAGUAAAAUAUCUAUAAAGCCACUGGUCAUCUCCUUCUUACAUUACGGGAUAUUUCAGGGUAUUUGGUAUGGAAUGCUUUCUGGAACUCUACUACAGACGAUGAUACUAGUUUUGAUGACUUCUAGAACGAAGUGGACCAAAGAGGUGAACUUGGAUCUCUUGUGUUCACACCUUUUUAUGUGUUCUUUCCUUUCUUCUAAAUAAGCUCACAGUUGUAAACUAAGCAUUUCUAUUUGACUUUUGUUUCUAAGAUUUUUCUCAUAUUUCUUAUUUUUAUGUUACCUUGUGAGACCACAUUGACUUGCAAUGAUUAUUUUGGAGAACUAUAUCUUUUCCAUUUUAAAUAUUUAAAGGUUAACAGCACAAGCAGAAAACUAAAAAAUAGAACGUACAUAUCAUGCAUAGUUAAUGAACUAAAUUUAUUGAUAAUUACGAUAUUGAUCAAGUGGAAGGUUUCAGCAGCUUUCUUAGAUACAACAUAAAUUAUGAAUAUCUCUAUUAUCUCUAAGUAUUCAUCAGAUGCUGUAUGGUUUGGCAUACAUUCAAAUGAAACAUUGAGACCUACCUCUUCUAGCAUUUCAUAUUAACUUUUAUAUGUCCUAUAAGAUAAUUUAUUUUCUUGUGGUGGUAAUAUUUUGUGGAUAAUGAGAAAUAUCCUAUAUAUGAGUAUUGGCCAUAUAAAAUUGAAAAGAGGUAUAUUAUUCAUCAUUUCAAUUUUGAUGGUGGAUGUGUAAAAAACAUCUCCAUUCAUUCUAUAUAUUCAACAACCUAUGGUAUUUUAUAUAUUUCGUGUUUAACCUUUUCUCUUAUUUAAGAAGAAUAUAUUCUUACCCAUUCUAUCGACUAACUGAUUUAAUGUUGUUUAUAGGCAUCAGCAGCAAGAGAUAGAGUUAAGAAAUGGGGAGGGGAGGAGGUAUAA